GAGGGAUGUGGGGCAGAGUGUCCCCAGCGCCGGGAGGUGACGAUCUGCGGUGGUGUCACCGCGGUUCUGUGCUCAGGACCUGACCCUGAAGCUGUGCCUCAUCCGGAGCAUCGCCAUGAUCAGCCGGGCCGUCCGCGGCAGCAGCAAAUGCAGUGACUUCGUUUUGGGCCGCAAAGCCGAACUCGUGGCGCAGAUGGUGGAGUUCAUCAAAGCAGAACCGCUGGACUCGAUGCGGACGCCGGUGCGGCAGUGGGCGAUGGUCACCUGCACCCACCUGGUUCUCCUGGAGCCCCAGCUCAGCGACCCCGACCGCACGGAGCUGAUGGACGCGUGCCUGGCCGGCGUCCUGGCACUGCCCCCCUUGGACCCCCCGUGUGACCACGACGGGGACGGCGGCGAUGCGCCCUACAGUGAGGUGGGGGAGCUCUCCGUGCCCUAAUCCUGGGGGUACCCC